AUGAUGGUGAAGCUCAGAGAGUCCUUGGCUGGUCCAGGGUACGUGAUUCUGAAUGCCAUCCGUGUCAUCAAUAUCAUCGUCUUUCUCGACACGAUCGCCGCCUGCGCCGUGAUGCUGGCCAAAAUCAACAUGUUGAAUGGCUUCUUCUUCUUUCAAGCCGUAACCCACGCCGUGGUUGCGCUUAUCAGCAUUUUCCUCAUCCUUUCUGAGCUCCCUGUUUUCCGGGGCUACUUCAACCGCAACUGGCCUCUAUUCGGCGAAGAUGCGGGUUUCAUCGCACUUGCGGGCAUCAUGAUGAUCCUGGGAAUAGCCACGCUGGGCAACCUGAACAUAGAGGCCAUGAGCCAGACGUCUCUGGGGCUGGCAUUCUGGCGGAUCGUGAUUUCGGCGGGUAUCCUGGCCAUGGUCAUGAGCGUGAUCAACAUCUUGACUACUUUCAUCUUCACCGACCGCAAGCAGGGUGUCAGCGCUCGCCACGUCCGAGCAUACGGUGCCGUUGCUCCGCAGAAGGUGCUCAGCCGAUCCAUCAGCGGAACCAGCAGCCGCCGGUCGCUGUCACUCCAACUCAGCUUGAAGCGUGAAGAGGGCCUUCCGAGCUACUCGCCGCAGCCUGCCUUCAAACGUAUGACCAAUCGGUUCUCGCGCUUCCCUCUGAAGAUCUCGAGUCCCAUGAGGAACAACAAUAACGGCAAUACCCACCUCGCUCCAGGCCAUCCCGCAAACGAUGACGCUUCGUCCAGUUACUCUCGAGACACUGCUGGGGUCACGAUCCCAGAUCUCACGCACCACCCGGCAAUGUACUCGAACCAGUCCCGCACCGCUUUUGGCCCCGGCGCGCUGAUGCUACGUGUUGAUGGUCGUUCCAAUGAGGCAGGAGUCCUUUUGCUGGCUGCAGACAUGGCUGGAAUCGAAAUCUCUUGGGGAACCGUCAAGUCGCUCCUCAUCUUCUUCGGUCCCAUCAUCCUCCCUCGCCUGAUUAAUGCCUACCGUGGCCUCCGCGUGUCCAUUGCGAGUCGCCCGCCCGCGUGCUCACUGUCCGCUGCCGCCAGUCGAUCGCUGAACGUCCUGUUCGCAAGCAUCGUCUUAUUUUUCGUCCUCAGCUUGCCCUUUAACCCCCAUGCCCCCGAACCCAACAUCUUCUCAUUGACGCGGUCGCGGAUCAAUACCCCAACUGAUGUCAUCUUCCACCGACUCAUGAGGCUCCGGCCCGGUAACCUCUUGACCGAAACCGACACGCUGCUUCGCGACAAGCUUACCUCGGUUGCCGCCCGCAAAGUGUACCUUACGUUCGGACCCGAUGCCUUGACCUCGUGCCAAUUCUGCUCUUUCGAAAACCUCAACUCAUACCUUAUCUACUAUCUACCGUUCAACGUGCUUCUGCCGCACCUGGCGCAUCUUCUGAUCCUGGGCGUAGCUACAUCCGCAACCUUUGGGGGCCGGGAAGCUGGCCGCUGGCGUACCAAGUUCACAUUUGCCGGCCUGGCGUUGGCAGCUCUUGAUCUUUGGAUUGUGACUACGUAUGAUGCACUCCAAUCGGCUUCUCCCGCCGUGCGGGCUGGGCAGCGACCUCCUUCUGGCCUCUACUACCUUAUUACCUUGUUGCGGCCGCUGGCAUUCGCGCUCUGUGACGCAGCAUGUUCGCUAAUUAUCUACCUCUCGGCGACCAACCGAUUCUUCUUUAAACCGCCGUCUUCGGUAGAUCAGCUUGAUAAUGCGGUCUCCGCGGCCCUGACGCAGUUGACGAGUGCCAACGCCAAGCUUCACGCCUCGAGUGUGGCUCGCAAUGCGGUUGUCCGAGAUAGGGCCCUGAAGGGUCGCGACGAUGCCUACUGGCAGACCGUGGCUGCGGCGGAGAACCCGAACCGAAGCGCACCCACGGAGCAGGGAGACGAGAACUUGACCGUGAUUAACAAUAUCUGGGACGAAGAAGAAGUGGCUCGAGCCGUGUCGCGGGCGAUGGCAGGCCAGGGAGGAGUGGAUUUGGCGCAGCUGGGGAUGAAUGCGAACGAAUUUGUGCGCGGGGUGACGGAAGGUUUGGAGUGA